GAGUAAUACGGUAGUGUGCAGUGAGGGAUGCUGGGAGGUCUCUGAGUGCAGCAGGGUCUGUGCAGGCAGCCGCUGCAGCAGAGACAGAGCAGGAAGUGACCACGCUCUUCCAAUAUGGAUUCUGAAAGCAAAAAUGACUUUGUCCUGGGAGAACAGAAAUUCAGACACUAUUGUAUGGAAUUUUUGAAGCAUUCACAAAAUAUAGGGGACGGCUGGGAGUGGAAAAGUCUUCAGGGGAGUGAUGAAGGAUACUUGAGUAAAACUUGCUACCAAACAAGAUCUAUUGGUAAGGAAAUAAGCCAUUUAAAGGAAGGUGACGAUGACCAGCCAUCUUCUACCAGUAUGGAGGAUUUCCACAAGGAAGAAAAGGAGGACUCUGUUUUCCCCCAGAGCCCUCAGGAGUCAGAAGUUACUCACUAUGAAUAUCAUGUCUUAUACUCAGUCAGUUACCAGGCACCUGAGCUCUACUUUCGGGCAAGUUUCUUAGAUGGAAGACCCCUGACGCUGGAGGAAAUAUGGGAUAGGGUUCACGACUGCUUUAAACCCCGGCUGUUACAUGGACCAUGGGAGACCAUAACUCAGAAAGAACAUCCAAUUCUUGGCCAGCCAUUUUAUGUACUACACCCAUGUCGUACCAAUGAAUUCAUGUCAUCCAUUCAAGGCUCCACAAGCAGAGAAGGGAAUUACAUCACUUCAUGGCUCAGUACAGUAGGACCUGUUGUCGGCUUAUCUUUACCAUUAAGUUAUGGAAAAACUAUACAUCGGACCGAAGGCCAAGCCGUCCUCUGACAAGACUACUUAUCCUUCCACGUCUGAAAUAACCUCCUGGGAAAUCAGAUGUUCUGCUCAAGAACGGUGUCACCUAGUGCUUACACAUCAUGCUGUACUCCCAGGUUUACGCAUCCAUUUUCACCUUGCUGCACAUUGAUGGAGCGUAGUUAACUAGCGCUGAUGUAGUGAUACUAGUACUGGGAACUACUAAUGCAGCAGAGAUACAGCUUGGCCAAUCUGGAACUUCUAGCAGACAGUGGAAGGAACCAAGCUGAAGUGGAUGUUUUAUUGAAAACUGGAGGAUUAUACAGACAUAUUCAUUAUGAUGUUAUCUGUUUUUUCACCAUACUACAAGUUUUGACUCUGAAAAAUGUUAAUCGGUUUUAACAUUUGCUAGAACUGGAAAAAUAAAAGUCACUCCUUGUAAUGGGAUUGCUGUCUGUCGGGAUCCCGGCGUUCAGGAGAUCAACGCCGGAAUCCUGACAGCCACUGAAAUAUCACCGGAUGGAAUCCCGACCUCUGUAGGGUAUUCCCACUCGGUUAGUGGGUCCACGCCACCAACCGAGUGGGAAUAUAAUUUGUGGCAAGCGAAGCAAGCCACCGGGCCUGAAGCAUGGCGAGCCCGCAAGGAGACUCGCUGCCGGGAUUCUGACAGGAUGCUGUUGACGGUAUACUUGAAAUAUUAGAAAGCAAAAGGAUCAAACAUCAAAUCCACAGGAGCUCUUUGAGUGGAGAGACCAGCACAACCAUAUAGUCCCCUACUACCCUUUGAGAAAGGUGCACAAGCACCGAAACGGCUGCCGUCAGGGUGGGGGUACUUAUGCCCUAAGUUGCCUAGUGAUGACUAUUUACCUAAUUAUGAUGUAUGAACAUUGCCUUUGAAGAUGGCUUUCUUCACUGUUUAUUAGUGAUAUUAAAUGAUGAUAUAUAAA